GUUUUCAAGUGCAACAGUUCAUACGAUUUUGUCUGCUCACUUAUCAAUAUGGCUCUCUGUCUCAGGAUUAUUUAUAUCAUCACUGGACUAACAGGAGUUCACAGCAUAACUACAGUCAGUAAAGUAUCAGUGAAAACUGGGAAAUCUAUCUCCAUCCCAUGUCUCUAUGAGUCCAAAUACAGAAACCAUGUGAAGUACUUUUGUGAAGGAGCUAAAUGGAGAUCCUGCAACGAUGUAGUAAAAACAAACACAGCAGACCCUUCAGGAAAAUAUUCAAUCUCUGAUGAUAAAAACCAAUUUUUUUUUACUGUAACUAUAAACAAUCUGACAAAUGAAAACACUGAUUACUGGUGUGUGGUGGAGAUUAAUAAUGGACCGGAUUAUGGAGAGCAUUUUCAACUGUCAGUUACCAGUGGGACCCCCAGUCUCUAUGUGGAUCAUCAGAUGAUUACAGGAUACAUUGGAGAAAGCACAACUAUUAGAUGUCACCACAGUAACUCUGGAGAAAUGAAGUGGUGCAGGCUGGGCAGGAACUGUGUGACAGGAUCAUCUGGAUCCAUAGAUGGAACAACAGUGACCACUUAUAUGAGCGAACCAAAUGUUUUCACAGUGACAAUGAGUGGACUACAGUCAGAGGACAGUGGCUGGUAUUGGUGUGCUAAAGAGGACAUUCAGAUACCAGUAUAUUUAACUGUUACUGAGAAACCAAUCACCACUACUGCCCAUACUUUUACUGGAGAUAGAACAAUUACCACAUUUAAAAAUGGACAACAAAGAGCUUCAUUUGACCUCAAGAUCCUCAUCAUCCCUCUGAGUGUGUUGAUCUUUAUUGUAAUUGUGGUGUUGUUCAUCUGGUUGAUACUGAGAAACAAGCAGAGAAAAGCAGACUCAUCAGCCACAGCAAUGGCCGGAGUGGAGGUAGCAUACGCUGAAGUUAGACCCAAGAAAAAACACUUAGGCAAGGUGGACCAGGAAGUAAUAUACACCAAUGUGGGAAACAUUAGAAGAAAAUCACCCGAGGUAACCCUAACAUACUACAACUAUACAUUUGUAUUUGAGUAUAAGCAGACUUUAACUUUUUUUUUCUUAAAGAAUGACACGACUGUAAAGUGUUCUGUUUCCACUCCUUUUGUUUUCCCCCAGAUGUCACUUCCUGAAAGUGAUGGGGAAGUCAUGUACAGUUCAGUUGUUACCCCCAGGGAUCAAUAAAGUAUUCUGAUUCUGAUUAGAAGAAAAUCACCCGAGGGUGAAGGAAAAGGCACAGAAGUUACAUAUAGCACAUUAGCUACUCUCCACUGAAAUAUUUAAAUGUUAUAACCUUUUGCAUUUUGUGUACCUGUAUUACUGGAGUCUUUGUCAGACAAGUGCUGCAAUUUGUUAUCUGCUCUCAUCAGCUUGUUAUAUGAUUUUUUGUUUUUAACUGCUGUUUAAGAACUAUAUUCCUGCAUAUUUGCAAAGUGAGUCAAAGAAGUGUUGAUCUGUUUGCUCUUUUAUCAAGAUCGUUGACAUUAAUCUUGUUUUUUUGUUAUUUUUUGUAAUAAAGAAGCAUUGCAAGCAUCAACAA